AUGCCUGCCCUCGUGGAGAUGUUUGGUCAAGUAGGCGCUUACAAGUGUAAAUACAUCGUGGCCGUCGGGGCGCUCGCCGGACUAACGGUCAGCAUGUUCGGAUCGAUGUUUCCCAUGCCAAGAAUAAUUUACGCCAUGGCUCAGGAUGGACUGAUAUUCAGGGUUUUCUCACAAGUGUGGCCAAGUACGGGAACUCCAGCUGUGGCUACUUUUAUGAGUGGACUAGCAGCAGCUGUAGCAGCACUUUUCAUACGUUUGGAAAUUCUUGUCGAGAUGAUGUCUAUAGGUACUCUCUUAGCCUACACUCUCGUCUCCACGUGUGUGCUCAUCCUGCGAUACCAGCCCCACUCCACCAACCUCGUAGAGCUCCUUCCUCAGAGUCUCAGGACGCCACUCAAAGGUUCACCGACGAAAGAGGGCCUGGCGGAAAAUCCCAACGGCCAAGCCUACUUCGGCAACCAGCUCCAUCCUUCGCAGCUAAAGGAAGCCAUAGUCUCCAGUCUCGGGCCACCCAUUCCAUCACCGUCACCUUCGCCGCUUCCCAGUCAGACAACGCAGAGGGUCAUGGUUCGCAGGGUGACAAGAAGCUCUCCCGAUAGUGACGAUACAUUUGGGGGAGAUGAACCAGAAGAAGAUUUUUCCGGGAGGGACGACCAAUUUUUAGUAUCAGAUAGAACUGAGAAUAAGUUUUAUGGUACUGUACAUGGAGGUGGAAGUGCUACAAGUACCGGUGGUGUUGUGGGAUCAACAGUAGGACCUAGUUUGGGUUAUAUAGGUCGCAGAUUGCAGGCUGCAACUUAUUUGUGUCCAGCCAUCUUUCCUUGGGUCGACACAGGACCAGCAACCGAAGAAUCGGGAAUGUUUGUCAUGAAAAUGGUGGGAAAUCUGUAUAUCCUCAUCAUAAUAUUGGAUUUGAUAAUAGUUGUGGGAAUGGAUGAUAUGGGUACCGCCACAACAAUUUUCCUUUGCCUCUUCCUGUUCGCCAUCGUCGCCAUUUGCCUCGUUAUAUCGAGAAAACCACAAAACAGGAACACUCUGAUGUUCAUGACUCCAGGUUUGCCUUUUAUUCCAGUGGUCGCCAUCACAGUGAACAUAUACCUGAUAAUGAAGUUGUCCAUUCUCACCCUAGUUAGGUUCACAAUCUGGAUGACUUUAGGUUUCAUAAUGUACUUUUAUUACGGAAUCAAAAACAGUACGUUAGAGGAAGAUCGAGACCAAAAUAUCGAAUUGACUGUCACCGACCAUGAGAAACAGAAAUUCGAUAGCACCUCCCCCUAUGGAACUGACCACAAUAUUUUCAGUCAGAACCAGCCGACCUACGACUGGGACCCCAACAAAUCCUGGGAUCACAGGCCGUCGUGGGCGCAGCCCCAGAACGAGUCGCCACCGCCACAGCUGUACCAAGUCGAGCAGCGUUACAACGUCGACACCAACGACACCAAAUCCGUCAUCAACAGAGUCGCCCCGAACGCCCAAACGACGAGCAGCGCUUCGGGCCUCUUCGUCAGCGAUCCAUUGGCGUUCGCCAAAUGGGACGACUAGUAAGUCGCGCGUAAUGUUGUUCGGUUGUUGAGUCGUUGUAUAUUAUUGAGAAGGUUGUUGAAAAUAUUUGAAAUAAUG